AUCUUACCAUCUGUCACGCGUUACUACUGGAUGGUGUUAUACUGUAUUAACUAUGGUGUUGGGGAUGGCCUUUUUGCUACGGCAAUUAUUAAUAUUGCAAUCGAAUGCCUACCAACAGAAAACCGAGGAGGUGGGUUUGGACUGUUUCAGUUUCUUGUGGGGAUUGGUUAUAUCAUUGGACCAAUCUUAUCAGGUUUCAUAGCCGAUGUCAGUGGAUCUUACAACUACGCAUUCUAUACUGCUGGCUCACUAGAACUCAUUGGUGGAAGUAUCUCUCUUGCGUUACUUUGUUUUGAAAUACCUUUUGUUAAUCGAGAAUUAGACGAAAGCUCGCGCUUUAGUACUGUAUUGGAGUUCAACAUUACAGAGAAGGAGACCGUUUUAUAACUAGAGAGAAAGGUAUCUAUUGGCAAAGGAGGGAGUUGGAGAAAUGUUUAGGAUCAAUCAUCAUUUGACUCAUGACUCAUAGAAUUGCGAACUAUAACACGGAUCACUGAAAAAAAAUCGCGCACUUUAAAAGGUUGUAAAUUUGAUGUAAAUAUGAUGUAAGUGUCCAACAUGAUGUAAAUUUGAUGUAAAUGUGAUAUAAUUGAUUUACAUAAAAUUUACAUUAUUUUGGACACUUACAUCAUUUUUACAAUCUUUUAAGUGCGCCAUUUUUCCGGACUUCUCCCGGAAUUGCCUCCUUCUAAGCACU